GGCACUUGGGUCGGGUCGCGGAAGGGUGUUGAGUGUGUCUGCGCGAGCGUUUAAGCCCCAUGGACAGCAACCGCGUCUCGUUUGUGACCGUUCAGAGCUUAAUGCUCUCCUGGAGGAGCUCCCGUUAUCAGCAACAGCAAACAGACGACUCACUUUUGGAUUUGAUCCAGCCUUUAUUCAUGCAGGUUAGUCUCGAUGAAAAUAGGUAGGCUAAGUAAAAAAAUAACAUUUACUCGACAUGACAGAGAUGUCCGUGGAAGGCAACCUACUCUACAUUUCAAGCGGAUUUACCUGAUCUCCUGCCCAGAACUUUCCUCAUCAGGGAUAUGGACAUCAAGCCGCUCUCCGAGGGCUGACUCCCUCUCCUCCUCUGUCCACCGGCGUUGGAUCCUCCAGGGUCGGGUUGCUAGUUGGCACAAGUACAUUCUAAAUGUUUUGAAAUGGGGUGAAACCAGAAGGUACCUGAACUUAUCCAGGUCAUCUAUAUUUAACCAGGACAGUCCACUUGUCAUCAACCGUGACUGUUUUCCGGGGAGCAGCCUGUUUUUGUUUUUCCGUUUAAAAAAGUUUUGCUGCCAACCCGUGUCCUCCUGACUGAAGCCGACUUAGGAGGGCAGACAGGCGGACUGGUCUCCAGGAGGAUGCCUGGGCAGGAUGUGUUCCAGCCGGAAAAUUCUGUGGAGCCUGCUGCUGCUGUCAGUGUUGGAGGUGGGGCUGGGGGUCUCCAGUAUCGUCCUGGGAGCCGUUGGGCUCAGCCGGGUCAGGGAGGAACACAAACCACAGCAAGGAGAUGCUUCACCUAUCUGGAGCGGCCUGUGUUUUCUCAUCUGUGGGAUGUGUGGAGUCCUGUGUGCUAGGAAGAGGACUGGACUCAUCAUGAUUCUGUUCUCAGCCUGCUGUAUCUGUGGUCUGAUUGGAGGGAUUCUCAACUUCCAGUUCGUUCGGGCGUUGGCACGACGACCGGACUCUCUCCGCUCGCUACACCUGGCAGCCAUGACCAUUGCCUGCCUGGGUAUCUCUUCCUGUACUCUCUCUACCUGGUUGACCUGUCGUCUGGCCAGUUCAGAACAACAGAGGAUGUUUCUGGAGAGGGAACACUCACUGCACCACUCACAUGAGAUGGCUGAGAAGGAACCAUACACACACGGAUCUUUUGUAAGAAACAAACACACGCUCACAUGCAUGCAUGCUCACACAUUGCUACUGAUUUCUCCUAAUUUGUGUGUGUGUGUGUGUGUGUGUGCUUUCAUGCAUGCAUGAGUGUGUUUCUAACAGGAGAUCCUGGACAACUCCAGCAACGGGAUUCCCCAGAUCUCCUACAACAGCAACACCACCUCUCUUUGACAACAGACACACAUUGUUGCCCUGACAACAGACACACCUUGUUGCCCUGACAAUGGAUACACCUUGUUGCCCUGACAAUGGACACACCUUGUUGCCCUGACAAUGGAUACACCUUGUUGCCCUGACAAUGGACACACCUUGUUGCCCUGACAAUGGACACACCUUGUUGCCCUAACAAUGGACACACCUUGUUGCCCUAAUAACAGACACACCUUGUUCUGCUGACCAUGGGGUGGUAUCAUCCAACAGAGCUGAGCAGCACUAUUACACAGUUGUGUGUGGAGAACUUCAGCACAGAAAUGAACGCUCUUCUUGGACAAGUUGUUACUAGUUCUGAUAGUCCUAACAGACAGUCACAUAACCUCAUGUGCAUGCAAUCAAUUUGUAAUCUCUCUCUCUAUCUCUCUCUCUCUGGCUAUAUGAAUGCAGGUAUACUGUGUUUGAAGGAAAAAUGCUAUAGCUAUCUGAUGUAGAGCAGAAUAUGGAAUGUUUAAAUAUUAUAUAUGCAACCAACGAUGCAAACUGAAUAUCAGUGGUGGCCAACCAUCCUCCUGGAGAGCUACUGGGUUUGCAGGCUUAUGCUCCAGCCCUGCUCAAACACACAUAAUUAAGUUAAUCAAGAUCCUGGAGACUGAACACCAAGCUCUCGAGGAGGUGGGUUGGCUAACCCUGCUGUAUAUUCAUGCUUGUAUAUCAGGAAAACAAACAUUAUCUAUGGAGUGACAAUAUGUUUCUUUAGGCUUCUAUAAAACACACAUAAAACUCUGUAAACGUUAGAUGGUUUUGUAGAUUUCAUAACCAGUUCCAGACACACACACACACACACACACACACACACACACACACACACACACACACACACACACACACACACACACACACACACACACACACACACACACACACACACACGUCAGGCAUCCUUUCUGAUAUUGAAUUAGAGGAGACACGCUCUCUGCUAAGGGGACUAUUGUCUGUGGGAGUACAAGAUAUUGAUCUCACACGCCAG